CGCCGGUCCCACCCCCGGCGGUCUGGCGCCUCCCUCCCUCCCCGCCGCGGUGACUCACGGAGCGGGAGGCGGAGGCUGAGGUGGCCGCUCCCGCUGCUGCUGCUGCUGCUCCUGCUGCUGCUGCCGCCGCCGCGGCUGUUUGGGGUGAUCGCGCCCCGGAACAGGCCGCCGCGCGCCGUGCACGGACCUGCAGCCCCCGCCGGCCCGGCCGGGUCGGGCGGCCCAGGGCCGCACCUUCCUAUUUCUUCCCGCCACAGCCUGCCUGUCACAGUUGAGCACCUGUUUGCCUGAAGUUAAUUUCCAGAAGCAGGGGCAAAACGAAAGACAAGUGUUGGGACCCACGGGGCAAACGUGGCUUGUGCAUCUGAAGGACCCCCUGCUGUCUGGCCCAGCCUGAGAUUACUCAGUGUUUUCCAAGCAGAUCCAGGAACACCGUGGGAGUCCCAGAGCUGGCCGGGGAUGAACCGUGAGGGGGCUCCCGGCAAGAGUCCGGAGGAGAUGUACAUCCAGCAGAAGGUCCGGGUGCUGCUCAUGCUGAGGAAGAUGGGAUCAAACCUGACGGCCAGCGAGGAGGAGUUCCUGCGCACCUACGCGGGGGUCGUCAACAGCCAGCUCAGCCAGCUGCCGCAGCACUCCAUCGACCAGGGCGCAGAGGACGUGGUGAUGGCGUUUUCCAGGUCGGAGACAGAGGACCGAAGGCAGUAGCGACGAACACCUUGGAACACCCUGAAAGCUGGCAAGGGCCAAGAGAUCUGUGUGGACCUCGUCCGGCUGAGUGGCAGCAAGCAGGUCACCUUCCCCACCCUCAGCACCCCACCCACCUCGCCCCACGGCCACUCAGCAGGGCCGCAUCGAGGGGAAACUCCAGCGGUGCGGUUCUGAUUGGCUUAAAGGGGCGGACUCAUGAUUGGCUGCAGGAAGAAACCUUUUUAUUUUUAAAUCUUGACCAACGGAAACCCUUUAUUUUUAUUUCUGACUCUGUCUUUUUUUUUUAAAUUUGCGCUUCGGUAUAUGGCUUCCCAGGAAGCUCUCCGAGCUCUGGUGCUUUUUUGGGGUCACUUUUUAGGAACGUGAAGAUGUCCGAUUGGCUGGCUGAUGGGAAACGGUUUUUUCUUUGAUUGGCUGCAGGUGUUCUGCUGAUAGCACCAGCUUCUCUCUUUUGAACGCUGAAAACAGGGUUUGGGACAUUGGUUGUUAUAUUUGACUUGAAAAAAAAAAGAAACCAAGUGCGCUUUGCAAUAUUUAUUACACAGAGCUUGCUGCUUUUACAUGUUUUGUUUGUGUUUGCAUUUGAUUGGCUCUUGCUAUGUGUGUUCGGUUUCCCAUCGGCUCGCCCGUGACUCCCCGUUGCCAUGGCCUCCCCUGACUCCGCCGCCUGCAGUCCCACUGCAGCCGGUCCGCCUGGAGGGUGCAUUGGCUUUAGUGACUGCACCGGGCUCCGCCAGCAAGGGGACCUUGAGGACCCUAAGCAGGAUCCUCAGCUGGAAAAUGGGGCCCCCAAGGAGAUUUGUGUUGUCCUGAAGGGGCAUCCCAGAGCUCAGAGGUGACCGAUCGUUAGCCAGGGUUUGUGCGCCUCACGCCCAGGAGCUGUAGCCAGCCAGCUUCCCCGGACGGGAGGGAACUCCUGGCCCGCCUGCCUGCGCUAAGCAGAGGCGCGGCGCUGGGCCGCUCUGCCCUGUCGCCACUCCCUGUGUCCCACUGCCCGAGGCCUCAUCCGGGGGCUCCUCCCGUAGAGGACAGGAGCUGCGCCCCCAGCUAUGACCCUCCAUGAUGUAGCACAGGUCACUCUCUGCCCAGGGGACCGGAACCCACACAAAGACCCCAGCUCGGCUCACAAAUCCUGAGAGUCCUUUGACUCCAAACACGCCUCCCCUCCCGCAGUGAGGCUCCUGAGGUGUCUGCCACUGGGACCCAGAACCUGGCCAGCACCCAGCGGGGUUCUCUCCUCCGGGCCUGGGCCUCUCACUGCCCUGCCUCCCGAAGGCUCCCUCCAUGUCGGCCUGGAAGGAGCAGCGACAGUGUUCAUUUACGAAGCGCUUCACCGAGCAAGGCCCACAGGCAGGCCCUCCACCUGCUGCCGAGCCCUUGUCUCUGAGUGGCUGCUGGCACCCCAACUCUU